AGAAGAAGAAGAAGAAGAAGAAGAAGAAGAAGAAGAAGAAGAAAAAGAAGAAGAAGAAACCCGGAAGUAUACAUUGACGUAUUUCCGGGUCAAGACAGCCCCCUGUUAAUUCCGCGUGUCAGACUUCUACAAAGAUGGCAGAUGCAGUGCAAGACAAAGGACGUGGCUUGAAGUUUGCAGAAGAGCAACUUAAGCGCCAUGGGUGGGAACACGGCAAAGGACUCGGGCGCAAGGAGGACGGCUUAUCACAAGCCAUUAAAGUCAAAGUGAAAUGUGACAAGGGAGGAGUGGGCCACAAGGAAGGAGAGCAGUUUACCUUCCACUGGUGGGACCACGUCUUCAACAAAGCCUCGUCCAGUCUGCAAGUGGAGUCGAAUCAGGAUGGCAUUGCUUUGAAGAAGAGGUCAGAAGACGGGGAAGAAGAAGAAGACGGUAUGAUUUCAAACAAGAAGCCCCGCAAGGCCACGCUGGCUAAAGACAAACUUUACGGAUGCUUUGUCAAGUCAGCCACUCUGCUGUCAGGUCAGGAGCAGCCGGAGCCCAGGUCCUCCAAGUCCAGCGACAUCAGCAGCAGCUCGGACGAGGACGAUGACCAAAAACUGGACCUGUCCAGUACCACACAACUGUCUGACGGGGAACUCGUGAAAGUUUGUGGAGGCCGUACUGCUCACAAAGGUGCCAGACACGGUUUGACCAUGAGCGCUAAGCUAGCCAGGCUGGAGCAGCAGGAAGCUGAGUUCAUGGCCAAGUAUGGCAAGAAGACCACAUCAUCACAGGAGAGGCCAGAGGAUGUGCCUGAGGAGACUCAGAGCAGGAGAAGAAAAAAUAAGUAUUCCAGGGAGAAGACUGAAGAAAUAAAUGUUCUCUCUGUGUUGGAAAAGCUGGGCGUUAAAGUAAAAACAAGAAAAAAUGGGGAAUGCGAGAAGAAGGAAGUGUCCUGCCCUAAAGUAAAAACAAGGAAAAAUGAGGAAUGCGAGAAGGAAAUGUCCUGUGUAGAAAAUCGUGACACGAAAAUUAAGAGGAAAUGUAAGAAGAGAAAGAACGGAGAGUAUAAGAGUUCUGAAAGAAGCCCGGAACAGCAGAAGAAGAACAACAACAAACAGAGUGAACCUGCAGAAGAAGAAGAGGAGCAGCUGGAGGAUGAGGAACAGCCACUAAAGAAGAAACACAAGAAGAGCAAAAAGGAAAAAACAUGUUUGAAAUCAAACAUCAGCCAGGAGACGCAUCCACCAAAUAAGAAGAAAAAGACCAAAGAGUAACGCUUGAAGUGUUGUGACACAGGACAAGAGAAUCGGACUGUGUCCAUCACGACCAAUCUUUUUUAGCCUCCCUUUGAAGGAAUGUUCUUCAAGAACCCUGCGAAGACCCUCAGACAAAGAAAGCGAACCUCCUUUGUGACCACACUUUUAAUCAGGCCUGGGCCGACAAUCAAUUGAACCAUAAACGACUAAAUUGUCA